UCAAACUCAGAAGCUUCUCAGUUACACUCAGCUCAACUCACACAUACCACCAACAUGUCCUACAACUGCUGCUCUGGAAACUUCUCCUCCCGCUCUCUUGGUGGCUCCCUGCGCUACCCAGGCAACCUGAUCUACAGCAGUAACCUCUGCUCUCCCAGCACCUACCGGCCGGGCUCCUCUCUCUACGGUGGCUGCCAGGAGACCUGCUGUGAGCCCACAAGCUGCCAGACGUCCUACAUGGUGUCCAGCCCCUGUCAGACGUCCUGUUACCGCCCCAGGACCUCUGUGCUGUGCAGUCCCUGCCAGACGACUUACUCUGGGUCUCUGGGCUUUGGGUCCAGGAGCUGCAGUUCCCUGGGUUAUGGAUCUAGGAGCUGCUUCUCACUGGGCUGUGGACCCAGUGGCUUCAGACCCCUAGGCUAUGGAGGCUGUGGCUUCUCUUCCCUGGGCUAUGGAUCCGGAUUCUGUCGUCCAACCUACUUGACUUCUAGGACCUAUCAGUCUUCUUGUUACAGACCAACCUGUGGAUUUGGCUUCUAUUAA